CUGGAGGGCUGCAGCUGCAGCUGUGGGGGUUAGCAGUGCUGCCUCCCGGCCAGGCUGAGGGCCACUUCUCCACCCUGUUCACCCAGCAACUUAAGGGGACGCCCAGCCCUGCCUGCUGGCAACAGCCCCUGCCCCAGCACCUUUCCUCCCCUGCCAACCGCCAGGGCUCCUGGCCUGGGCUCCCUCCUCAGAGACAAAGGCCAGGCAGGCAGAAACAUGCCCACAGCCUCUGAUGUGCCCUGACAGGCCCCCAGGGAGGCACUCACACGCCUUUCCUUGGGCCCCUCCCGGCCACCUGUGGGGCUGGAGCUUGGCCUCUCCCCUGAUUCCAGGCUGGGGAGGGGGACAGGGUGAGGUGGGACCCUUCCCCCACACGCAGAUGCCAUGCCAGGAUAGAAGACUUACCAUGGAUGCCAGGCAACUUGGCUGACGCUGUGGGGAGUAGGAAUCCCUCGGGUCCUGGGAAGGGGCAGAGCCCCCCGACAGAAGGAGGGACCCAGGCAAAGAGAUUUUCCCAAGAGCCAAGUCCAGAAGGUAGAGAGCGGUGCUGCAGUAGAGGGCCUGAGUAAGGCCUCCAGGAUCGGUCGCCUUGACUCUGGCGCCCUGGCCUGAGGAUGCCUUACCAUCCCCGAUCCCUGUCCGAGGCCACCUGUCCAGAGCCCAGACAGAAGGAGGGAGAGCCAGCUCCUGCAGCCUCCCCUGUCCAGCUGCCAGCCGGAGGCAGUACAGCUUUGGGAUGGCCACUCUCUCCCCGUCCCCACGCACACACUCCCAGGGAUAAGGUGUCCUGAAGGCCCUGCCCCGUCCCCCACAGCAGAGCCUUGGCCCUUCCCCCACCUCCCUACAGAGAAGCCUUUCCGGUGCCAGAUCCAAGAGGGCGGGUCUUUGGCAAGGAGCUGAGUGGCCCCAUCUCACCCCCAAGCCAUACGGACUUUACCGGCCGAGCCUCAGUCACUCUACAGAUGUCACCUCCCCAAGAGAACCCUCAAGCCUCACCCCUGAUUUGGAGAAGCUCGACCCUGCUUUAUUUUGUCCCUAGCACUUACCGCUCCACAAAAAUAGGUGUUAACUUUAUUUUAAAUGUUUUCCUUCCUCUUCUAGAAUGAAGUCUCCGUUUGGGCACAUCACACAGGCUGACAGAUUCAGCCAGUAAGGAAGCAACAUGCUCCGGGUGGAUGAGGACAGUUUACUGCCUGAGUAGUCCGCAAAAGCAAGAGAGCAAAAGCUUGACAGAUGGCAUGGGGUGGGGUGAGGGGGUGAACGGGCACCCCGUUGCUGAAGAGCUACCCUGCACCCUGGGAGGCCUGGUGGAAAACCACAUACCUCCUGAGACCCAGAUGAGCCUAGAAACUGCCUUCCCAAAGGCAGGAGUCAGUGGGAGCCAGCGGCGAGGCUGGUCCUCCCGGCUUCUGCCACCGUCCGGUCCGUCCGGAGUACUGCAGCUCAUUCAGCUGUGAACUCGUGCAGGCUCGUCAGGGCCCCACACAGAGCCGUCCCUACAGAGCAGAGGCCCACAUUGGCCUUUACCAUCGCGUCAGCAGAGCCUAGGGCAGUCCUGGUACACUGAGGGAGCUCAGCCAGUGUUGAGUUUUUACUGCGUGAGCGAAUGACUGCAAGAGGGACCCGAGCAAAGGACGGAGCUUAAGAGAUUAGGCAGGUACCCUCUCCACCCGAACUCUGCAUCUGAACAUUAUCACUUGCAACAUUUUUUACCCUAAAUUCAUUAUCUGAAUAAAAAAACAGCUACUGUAAGGUUUUGGUCUGUGUGUGCCAGCGAAAACAACGAAAUCGCAUGCGUGUUGGGCAACAGGGCUUGGCACGCGCUGCAGGGAACCUCAAGCAGCCUUCUCACAGGGACAUGUCUCAGGCUUGCAUUCCUUAAACCUGCGGUGCCCAAUCGCUGCCGUCUUCCCCUGUCCGCAUGUGUCCGAAGGGAGUGUAUGCGCUGGAAAAUGUGAGAAGAAACGUUGGACGUGAUGAAGCCAACGGUGGGAGAAGGUGUGAAAGGGAAAUGUUCGCGUCUGAUGCUGCACACCUUGUUCAUUGGGCUCACAGGCCUGUUGCCUGCGAGAGCAUGAGUGAACAGGAGAAGGAAAUGGAGGAGGACGAGGGAGGCAGCACUUCGGACACAGCCCCCAUGCUGCCGGAAAGGGUUCCUGAUGGCCAGGCCUCAGCCUUGAUGUCCCCACGGUGGGUAGGCCUGGUGGUCCGAGGCCUUGGGGCCCUACUGCCGCCUGGCCAGGCCCUGGCUGGACUGCUGCUGCACCUGCUGCUGCCUGCAACCGUGUUCCUGCUGGCCCUUCUGCCAGCAGCUGCCAUCGUGUACCUGGGAUUCCUGUGCCACUCGAGGGUUCACCCGGCGCCCCGCCCCGCGUGCCGCGCACUGCUCUCCGACAGAGGCGCCGCGGCGCUCAUCGUUCUCGGAUUCCUUUCGCUGCCUCCGCUGCUCGUGCUUGCCUCGGCCGCCCGCACCCGCCUGGCCCGGCGUCUCCGCCCGCUGCUACCGCCCCCAACUUGGACCCCUGGAUCCCGCCGCCACCCGGGGUCCAGCGACCGUGGGCGGGCGGGACGCCACACCGACGGGGAAGAGCAGUUCUGUGCCUGGGUGUGACCCCCCCCGCCCAGAGGCCUCUCCAAAGGACACGACCUCCGAAUCCCGCGAGGCACCCGAACUCCUCCCCCCGUGACCCUCAUAAGGCGGCCCCAGGCCGGCAAGCUCGGGGUCUGCGUCCAGGUUCCAUCCUCGGAAAUCGCGGGCAUACCACGGGGCUUCGUGCGCAGUGCUUCGAGUGGCCGCGAGAUGGCACCUGACUCCCCGGAACCCAGGCCCGCCCUUCCCCAAGGUGUCCCCACCCCCGCAGUCCCCUCGGACGCGGAGAGGCUGGGAAGCCUGGAGAGAGGAGGGAGAUGCCUCCCAGAGAAGGGGCGCGUGGCCAGGCUCAGAGAAAGGUGGCCUUCCUGGCUUUUGUCACUGGCUGCCCUGGGCUCCUGCUCCCUCCCAAAGGGCAGCCCUUAGGGCCCCAUGUCUGGUCGGUCAGCGGGCCUCCAGAGGGUUCCAGAAGUGGUGAGACUUGCCUGGGAGGCUUCCACAACCGGCCCAAGAACACGGUUCCAGAAGCUUAGCGAUGGCCAGCAGCCCCAAGGCUUGCAGGGCUCAGCCUGAGAUGGCGGUCAGGGUUAGCGUUUAGAUAGGUGGCAGAUUAAGAAAGCUGUCUGUUCUUUCUGGAUAAUUUUAAGGUCUUUGUCUUUUGCAAUCUUUGGCAUUAGCAUGUUUCUAGUCGUGGAUAUGUUCUUACUUGUCCAUUCGGUAUACACUGUGUUUCCUGUUCCUACAGAUUCAUAUCUUUCAUCAGUUCUGGAGACUUCUCAACCGUUUUCUAGGUCUCCAAGUCUGCCUCCUGGUUCAUUGUACCUAGUCUUUCUAGGGACACCUUUCUGGCUUCACCUUUUCCCUUCUCCUUCCAUGUCAGUUCUUCUCUUUCUGUUUCCACCUCCUGUCUCUGCUGCGUUCUGGGUGAUUUCUUCAUCUUUCAGCUCACUAAUUCACUGGUUGUGUCCCAUCAACCCAUCCAUUCAAUUUUAAGCUAUUUUAUUAUCAUAUCUAAAAGUCAUACUUGCUUUUUUUAUUCAAAUCUCAUCAUUUUUUAUGGUAUCUUCAUGCAUGUUCAAUUUUUGGAUUCCAGCUUUGCUUCAAUUUCUUGAACAUUUCACAUACAGUUUUUAAAUAUUCUGUACCUAACAAUUCCAAUUUCUUACUUUUUGGGGGUCCAAAUCUGUUAUUUGUUGUUUCUGCUGAUUCUCAUAUUGUUUCUUUGAAUGGAUCCUCAUUUUUUAACUGUCAGCUCAUACCUGUAAAAAUUCUUUUUUUUUUUUUUAAUGUUUGUUUGUUUUUGAGAAA